UCUCUUCUCUCCAUGUUUCUUCCUCUCUUCUCUGUGAUCUUUGUCUCUUUGACCGGAGUUUUCAUUUGCAUGCACCCAAAUUUCAUCUCUGGUCCUUGAACUUCUCACACCAAUGGAUAAUCAUCGUGAUGAAGAAUCAUUUGACACCGUUAUAGAAGCCAGAGAAGAAUUCAUGGUUUCACCAUCAACGGGUUCAAAUCCAACAAUAAGACUCGCCCACUUUCUCAAACCCACCAUGAGCAAAACCCCAUCACCACGUGACUCUCCACCACUCCCUUCCAAUUCCAACGUUAGAGAAAAUGUUCCAUGUGAAGUAGCGUUCAAUGGGUGGUUACACCCACAACAACAAUGGAAAACAUGGGUUGACUUAAUGAAACACAAGUACGAAGAUGUAUGGGUGCAAGCUGGAAUAGACAAAGCAAUAAUGGCUUCAACAUUCACAAUCAACAAGAACAGUGAAAUGCUUAUUGUUCUUGCAGAGAAGUGGUGUUGUGAGACCAACACAUUCAUAUUUCCAUGGGGAGAAUGCACGGUAACAUUGGAAGACAUGAAGUUAUGUGGGGGUUACUCUGUUCUUGGGGCUCCUGUUUCUUUGUCUAUUGAGACCGAUGAGGAGAAGGAAAUUGAGGCGAAACUCCUCGCUGUGAGGGCAAUGUUCUUCAGAUCAAAAGCAAGAAGGGCUGAUCAUCAUGCGUGGAUGAUGCACUUCAUGGAGAAUGCAAGGAGCCAAGUGGAGCAUGAAGCUUUCUUGGCAUUGUGGUUGUCAAGGUUUGUUUUCGCUUCUAAAUCACAUAGAUCUGUUUUGAAAUGUGUUUUUCCGCUUGCUGUAAAACUAGCCAGAGGAACUAGAGUAGCAUUAGGACCUGCUGUUUUAGCUAGCAUUUAUAGGGACUUGAGAUUGUUGAAUAGUGCUAUCAAGGGUUUAGCAAAGACGAAGAACGGGGGAGUUACUCUCUGGGCUCCUUUUCAGUUGGUAAUUGUGUGGGCUUUAGAGAGGUUUCCGGCACUUCCGCCAAAGCCGAAGAUGGUUGAACCAAGCCAGCCUAUAAUGGCUAGGUGGGAUAGAUUGAAAACGAUGAUUGAUAACAAAAAAUUGAGAUCGAUUAUGGAUCCGGCCGGGGUGAAAAAAGACGGCUUUCUUUGGCGCCCGUAUAAGAAUUCUCCACCACUUAAGCUUUACAAUACAAAGUACUCUUGGGUGUGUGAUAAUCCUGAUUUUCAUGGCGAAUUGGAUUCAUACAUUCGCUGCUUGAGAGUCUCUAAGUUGGUGGGAAUGUCCUGCAUAGAGCAAUACUUCCCGAAUCGUGUUGCUAUGCAAUUCGGUAUGGAUCAGGACAUACCUGAUUGUACAGUUCCUCAUCGCAACAAGGAUCCUUGGAUGGAUUACAUCCAUCCAGUCAUGGAUACAAAUUUAUUAAGUGCAUUGUGUGCCAGACAGCCAGAUGUUACUUUAAGGUACUAUGCUUGGUGGAAGCGACGGAAACUAGGCAAGGAAGAAGGCAUGAAAAUGGGAUUAGGGACGGGGAAUUUGUCACGAGGCUCGUCUAGGCAGGUGAAGGGUGAUGGAUCCUAUGAUUCGCCGUCUGGUUUACCUUCUAAGCGAAAGAGAGAUCAAAAGGUUUUUAAUCAGAGGCAUGACCUUACAAUUGUAGAAAGAUUGAGUACUUCGAGCAACAAUAGAUGUUUUGAGGAUGCAGUUGUUCAAAACAAGAGCACUUUGUCUAGUUCUGAAUCUGUUGACAAUCUUCCUUCACUAGGUGCAGUUUUUCAAGCAUAUGGAAUAAUGAGUCGUGGAGUUCUUAAUUUUGUUGCAAGUGACAAUGUUGUUGGAGGAUCAAAAAUUGCUAAUGUAGAAGAUCCUAAAGCAGAAGGGAGCAAAAUAAUUUCCAAUGAAGAUGCAAAAGAAGGCAAACCUCAUAAAUUUUGUGGUACAGUUGCAACUGGUUUCAACAAGGAAGGAAAAGGUGCAUGCCAUUGUAUUGGAGAAAUGGCAUCUUAUCUUGAAAACCGGAUUCUGAAGCUUGAAAAAAUGCAUGCCAAGCUCAAACUAGCAAAAUUUCCCCCCCAAAAUAAAAAAAAAUUAGAUCCAAGGCAUUCAGUUCCUUAG